CUGAGAGGGGGCGGGUAGGUGAUCAAUCAAUUGUGGGCAAUGGAGGCCUCAUCGGUUCCCCCAAUGGCAAGUUGAGAAGCGUGGAGAACGGCGGCAACUGUCUAUUCUAUGGCGCCCAAUGGAGCCACUCCUCGUGCCCAAAAGUUCCACAAGCAACCAAUGUCCUCACGCUCGUGAGCUGUACCAAGAAAAAAUAUGACCAAGGGAGAGAUGUAGCGAGAGAGAGAGAGAAAGAGAGAGAGAGAGAGAGAGGAAAAAGAACUAAUCUUGCAUUAGAUUACAGUCGAGAUUUAGACUCUUGAAAGAGCCGAUCUUUCCCCCACGAAAGAGCUGAAAAGAAGUAGAGAAAAACAAAUGGACAACUCGAAAUGGUGAGGAAGAAAAGGGGACGGCUUUGCUUUCCGGCUGUUCUUCUUCUUCCCGCCAAUGGGUCCUUCUACUAAAAGCUCACAUUCCCAGGGAUCCACAUUGGAAGCCCUAGCUCUGCAUCUCGCCCUCUUCUCGGAUUCCUCUCGGUUAGUACCCCGAGAUUUCCAUCUUUGAUUCCCGGGGAGCUUAGCAGCAUCAAGGUGGCCGAUUUCGGCCUUGAUAGGAUGAUUCGUAAUAAUAGACAUGGCGGCGACAAGAUUUGACCUUUCUGAAAACUAUCGUCCGAUUUUAACGCCGCAAAUUCUUGCAGCAUAUGGUUGUCAAAAUCAGAAAUCAUCUCCGGUGUAGCUGGUCAAGAUAUGCUUUUAUAGCUUGCUUCUGUUGGUUCUGAGAAAGGUAUAACAAUCUGCUGAAGAAAGUUCACAGGUGAAGAUGGUAGGAAUACUGCAAUUCUUUGAUUUUGGUCAGGGUAGAUCCUCCCACAAGCUGCCGCUGCUUAGUAGACGCAACGAUGGGCUUGAAGCUCCUAGGAACAGCUUGGAGUUUCCAAUGGAAGCAUAUCAGAGCUUUCAAGUGGCUCAUGAGGACAUUCCGUACUCCCAUCGUUACUCCAACAAAGAUGGUGUCUGUCAAAAUGGAGCUCGUAUGAAAGAGUUGAUUGAUGAUGAGAUGUCCAAAAGAACAAAGGAUCGAUGCAACGGACCAAGUGUGGUGGCCAGACUGAUGGGAAUGGAUGCACUACCUUCAGACAUCAAGCCUGUGAUCCAUGUGAAGGAGCCGAAUGACAUGAAGAAACCAAGAAAGGAGCUUGCCAGUAUCUCUUCUAAUCAGCAAGCCUCGCUAAUCUUGAAAACCAUGAGACAGUCGAAUGAGUUUUUGCCUUAUCAAAUCGAGCAAGAUUUUGAUCAGCAUACCAAGGACCAUGAUAUGGAUAAACCACAACCAAGAGAGCAUCCUCAAGAGGAAUUAUUGCAGAAGUUCAAGAAGGAAUUUGAGGAAUGGCAAGCAUCCAAGGCAUGGGAGAGAUCAGUGACCCUUGAACUCGGAAAUGACCUUCGAAAGGAAAAACAUAUAAACACGUCUCCACAAGAAAUUCUCAACAGUUUUGUGGAUGCCAAGAGAAAUUCAUUUGUGAAGAAAACCACAGAGUUCAAACGUCAUGUUCCAUCAGCUAGACUAGACACACAUUGGGAACAAGAGGACCUUCUGAGUUCUGAAGCUUCUGUGAGUAAACAUAGUGAAACUGGACUAACAAAAGACAAUUUUUUCGGAGACAAUGCACGAAGUAAAUCCUUUGCUCCUAAAUCUGAUCAUGAGAUGGAGAUAUCUACUUUGCCACGAAGGAUAGUGAUUCUUAGACCUGAUUACGAGAUGAAUGACAACACUGAAGAGUCCUGCUUAUGCUCACCUGUGAUGUUACAGAAAGGAAAGAACAUGCAUGAUUUCCUUGAACAGGUCAAGGAAAGACUCAUUAUUGAAAUUGAAGGGAAACCCAGCCUUGAGACCACAACUAUAUGGGCUCAGUCUGAGGCUUUUGCCAGCGAAAGAUUAUCUGAUUGCAAACAAAUUGUACCAAAAACUGUCAAAGGGUUAAGUGGAUCUUUUUCUAUAGGUAACAAGACUACAUUGAUGCAAUCAAGAUCGACAAGGUCAUAUAGAAACGAAGUCCAAUUCAGUGGACGGAGUUCCCCAGAGUUUAUCCCCCAGGAUUCUAAAAAACUAAUGUCAGAAAGGUUGAAGAAUGUCCAGAAGGAUGACAUAGAUAUAAUGGAUCCUUUAAUUUCCAGUGGGAGACUAAUUACAUCGAUUUCAAGCAAAGAAGCAGAGAAAUUCAAUUCUAUGCAGUAUCUUUCCAAGAAGAGCAGUAAAAAGGUAGCCUCCUGGGAAGAGAAGAAAUUUCUAAAUGAGUCAAAAUCUUUUAGACAUGACCAGGGGCAGGCAUUUGAUGUUGGUGAUGAGUCUCCACCGAAUCUUUUCAGAUCAUUUUCUGCUCCUGUUUCUCGAACUGCUUUUGGGAAACUUCUUUUAGAAGAUAGGAAUGCAACGGCAGCAGUCCACAUCUGCAGGAAACAUGAAGCAUCUGAAAAUGACUUAAUGGAAGCGAGGAAAAAGACGAAAGAUGGGUUUAACAUAAAAAACAGAGUUUCAAGCUUGAAACAGAAUUUUACAUUAAAGGGUAAGCUUUUUGGGAAGAGGAUCCAAUUGAUGGAUGAAUCAAGUGAAGAUGAAUUUCUAUUCAUGAAAGAUACUGAAACUUCACCUUUUGUCAUUAACUUUGGCUUUGAACAGGAGAACUCAACUGAGGUUCCACCAAGCCCAGCAUCAGUGUGCAGCAGCCCCCCUGAUGAGAUCUGUAGGCCUUACUAUCCAAGUCCAGUAUCUCCACUGGAGGCACUGUUCCAUGAAGACCAUCCUUCCUUACCAGCUUCAGGAGAACCAAACUCAAAUAUUCCUGAGUCAAAUUUGCUAGAAGAAGUUGACUAUGAUAGAUCUGAGGAAGCAACAGAUGAAUUAAAACCUGCUGAAGAUGAACUUCCCGAGCUAGAAGGCAACACAAAAGCUUAUAUAAGAGAUAUCCUCAUUACUUGUGGCCUGUUUGAAAGAAAUCACUUUAAUCAGUGCCUCUGGGAGUGGGAUGCCCCAAGAAAACCAAUUCCUCUAUUGGUGUUUGAUGAAGUCGAGGAAACAUAUCGAAGAAAUGACAAGCUGGAGAGUAGGACAACCCUCAUUUGUGAGGGUGAAGACGCUGACUUUAGUCAUAGAAUUCUAUUCAGUUUGCUGAACGAGGCAUUGCUAAGGGUUACGCAGAAUUCAAAGCCUGGCUCUACAGUGAAGAAAUGGUUCCCAGGUCCCGGAAGAGUACCACAAGGGGACCAACUCUUGGACAGCUUGUGGCAUCUGAUUCAAGUGUACAUCAACCCACCUGUGGAUGAAUCACAUCCUUUAGAGAGCAUUGUAGCCCAAGAGAUGAAUCAAACUUCGUGGUCUGGUAUGUUGCAUGAGGAUGUCGAUAUAAUCUCAGUGGAGAUAGAGCUUUUAAUUGUAGAAAAUUUGAUUGAUGAGCUUGUAUGUAGUUUGUCAUAGUCAUUCAUAGUCUCCUAUGUUUGUGUUUGGGAUGAUGCUGCUGCUUCUUUUUUCUUUCUAUCUGUGAAUCCAGUGUCAAUAUUGUCUUGUUAAUCUUUGUAUAGAGAAAAAUAUUGGUACAGCUUUGUGAAAGUAUGUUUUCUAAAGUGCUUGUCUCAAGAAAAGUUCAUCAGUAUUGGGUGUUAA